AAAAAGUAUUGCUCACUCAUCAUUGCUUCUGGGGUUCAGGAGAGAGACAGUAAGAAGAACACUUGAAAGGGACAGAAGCUCUAAAGAAGAUGCUGAGUAUUCUUGGGGCUGUGCUUUUAUUCUUUUCGGUUUUCCCAUUCACCACCUCCAGUUUUGUUGUUCAUUACACAAGUUCUGGUGGAAUAUGUCAAAAUGCUUGCGGGUAUCAUGGCUAUGACUAUACCUGGUGUCAGCAAAAGGGGGGCAGUGGAAAAGCAUGGGACUACUGUUCCCUAGAAGAAGGCUUGGGAGCUUCAGGCAAAGCUUGUGCCACAUCCUGUACAUACUGGGGAUCUUCCUACCACAGCUGCUACUUUGAAGAUGGUAAGUGGCACUACUGUGGAUUGAUAGCCCAGCGGGAGUACCUUGCAUAUUCUGAAGACAACUACAUGUGUAUCGAUAACUGCAGACUAGAUGCUACUGUAGGUUAUUUCCAGUGCAACACAGUCCUUGGUUCUCAACGCUGUUCCCCAUUCCAUGAUAUCACUCCCACAGGUUUCCCCUGCCAUUCUAACUACCGGUGUGCCAAAUAUGGGCACAGUGUGUACCGGUGCCAUACAGAGGAUAAUGAAAACAAAUGGGAUCACUGUGGACGGAAGAGCUUGGAUCCGUGUGUGUGGAUUCUCUUUGAGAAUAGCACUUCCCAAGCAGACAUCUGCACACUUCCUUACUCCCAAAAGAAGGACAAGAUCAUUUUCCGCAGAGAGAGCCGAAAUGAAAUAGUUCCCUUUGCCAAGGAGGAUUUCAGAAUGGCAGCACAUUUUAUUGAUGGGAUCUCUUCCACCACAAGCUUCCCUGACACUGUGGAUCUGGCACAUGUUCGUUUCUACAAGCAAGAGAACAUCUUCUGUAAGGGUCUCAAUUAUACUAAUAUGGAAUUGUGGGUGGACAUCUCUAAUCGCGCCUCUGCACCCAUUGCCCAUGUCAUCUUCCCAGACAUCCUGGAUGCUGUUGAAGUCUUGCGUUUAGCAUUUUACACAAGCCUUCAUAGCACUUUCUAUCAACCUGCUUAUACCAUUACUGUGUCCUUUGGUGAACCAAUGUUGUGUUCCCCUGACCUGUGAUUAACCAAGUUCUUUAUGUAUAUCAGGUAUGCAGAAAUGUUUUUACCAUGGUAUACCUGCCGUAUUAACUUGAGGACAUUGUUACCUCCUUCCUCUUAUUGCAGUAUUACAGAUCUUUAUAAAUCUUGCUCUUGGUUGUGGUAGGUCAUAUGAGAUGCCUUCUUGUAAUAAUCCUGUUAUCAGAGAAAUGAGCAACUAUUGCCUGUAACCUUAUUUGUACUCAGAAAGGGGCACACCGUAUACAUAAUACAGUGGUAUUUUUGGUGGGUAGGGUGCUACGCUUUGUAAUCUGAGAUACUUAAAAUAUGGCAUUUAUGAAAUUAAUAAAAUCUACUAAG